UUCCAGAGGGAGCGUCCGGAGGAUGUGGAGCGGAGCGAGCUGAUGAAGUUCACCCGGGAUCUGUGCCGGCUGCUGGGCUUGGGAGGCGGGCCAGGUGAGGAGGAGCUGGAGGAUCAGGAUGGGGCUUCUGACCCAGCACACGGAAGAAAAGGCCAAAGCUCACCAGAGGUCACGGUGAACAGUGAGGAGGGUCUGGAUGAGAAGGAGAGAGCAAAGAGGAGAGCGGAAAGGAGGAGAGCCAAGAGGAAAAGGCAGAAGGAGCGCAAGAAACAGGAGCGAGAGGAGAGGAUGGAGGAUUCUUCAGAGCAGGAAGAAGAAGCGUCUGGAGGAGCUGCGACGGAGAGCAACAGUGAGGAGGAAUACAAAGAGGAGGAGCCAUGGACUGCGGUUCGUCCCUCAAACAAGUGGAACCCUGAAUCAGUCCCUGGCGUCGGGACCACAGAGAACAAGAACAACCACAAGUUCCCCCACAGGACGUCAGAGGAGAUGGGCUGUACCCAGGAGCCAGAGUGGGACGUCAGCAGUGCGUUUGUGGCUAACGCCGCCAGCCACAUCAAACUCAAAGGCCCGAGGAGCAGAGGGCUGCAGAUCACCAGAGAGAACAAGGAGAACGAGGACACAGAAGAAAUGAAGAGGAGGGGAGAGUCACUAACAGAACAGGGCCUUCAGAUGUUUGGGCGGGGCCAGUACAGCCAGGCAGUACACAUGUUUACAGAAGCCAUCAACUGUGACCCUAAGGACCACAGGUUCUAUGGAAAUCGCUCUUACUGUAACUUGUGUCUGGAACGGCACUCCGCCGCCCUCAAGGACGCUCAGAGGUCAAUCGAGCUGGCUCCCGAUUGGCCAAAGGGAUUCUUCCGUAAGGGUUGUGCUUUGAUGGGGUUAAAGCGGUACAAAGAGGCGGAGGAGGCCAUGGAGCAGGUGUUAAAGUUGGAUCAGCACAUUAAUGAGGCGUCCAGUAAACUCGUCACCUGUCGGAUUCUGCAGCUCAUGGAUAUGGGCUUUGAGGAAGAGCAGAGUAAACUGCUGCUGGAGAAGUUCAACACGGUUCAAGGCGUCCUCAACUCAUCUGAGGCCAAAGCACUGAAGCAAACAUCUCUGCAGGAGCAGAGUGGGAGCUGUCGCUCUCUGUGGGUUGGGAACAUUACAGUAGAAGUUACAGAGAAAAACCUCUGGGAUCUCUUCAAAACGUUUGGUGAGAUAGAGAGCGUCAGAGUUCUUCACCAACGCUUCUGUGCCUUCGUCAACUUCAAGAACGCCAACACUGCUGCCAGAGCCCUGGAGAAGCUGCAGGGGGUGGAGCUGAGGAGCACCAAGCUGGUGAUGCGGUACCCGGACCGUUGGAUCCAGCGGACUCUGCCCUCUACAUAAAGGACCAGAACCAGCCUGGGCUUCAGUGCUGCAGGGACACAGCACAGCUCAGCUUCCACCGGGUUCUGAGGAAAUCACUCACCAUCCACGUUGUUCUACAAAAGUCACACGAGGGAUAUGAACAUGAAUCUCACUUCAUACAAAUGUGUUCAAAUACACAAAUAACCCCCUCUGGUUCUGACCCGUCCAGACAGACUAGUUCCCCUCACCUCCCCUCCCCCUGCACCGAGACACAUCACAGGGGGAUUUACAAAGAAUGAGGGGGAGCAGGAGGAUGUUCUGCCCGACGACACCGACAGCUGAAUGUGUGAGUGAGAAGAAAAAGAGAGAGACGGGUUCUGCACUGGGUCCAGAACCCAACCUUGUAAAUACUUUGAAUAUAAGAAGGUCUAAAAGAUUUAGAUUUAUUUGAAACGUCACUGAGGAGUCACUGAGCUCCAUUUGGAUCCCAGGAGAAACCCUGAGGAACUCCUGGUUCCUGCUGUGUGGGACAUGUCACCUCUCGUCGGGUUUUACUGGGACCAGUGACUCUGGUUGAACCUUGUUGGAAACAACCAAAGACUCUUUGACAAACCGUUGUCUGAACACCACUGCUGCUUUGCUGCCAAAUGAAGUUAUUUCCUUUUUUUAAGUAUUUGCACAAAACAAUAAAUGAAUAAACACUGA